AUGGAGGCCAAAAUUGCCAUCAUAAAGUCCUUCUUCGAUGAGGGGAUUUUGGACAAACAAUUUUGCAUGCUUCAAGAACUGGAAGAUGAAGGAAACCCAGACUUUGUGGAAGAGGUCAUAACCUUAUUUAUCAGAGACUCAACCAAAAUCAUUGCUACUGUGGAGCAGAUGAUGGUUAGGACCCAAGUGGAACUGACUAGAACUUGUUUGGUGCAACGCAAUAUGCAAGGGGCCAGUGCUGCCUUGGACAACCUGAAGAGGGAGCAAGCCAUUUUCAAGGCCAAGCUUGAGCAUUAUUUCAAGAUGCUGAGUGAAGCCGGGUCGGGUAAGGCGUCGGAGCCUCCGAAGUGA